CCUACUGAUACAUUAUCUCGUGCGGCAGAAGGCGGCCCAGUCGCUCGGCAGCAGCUGGUUGCCUUCCUCCCUAGGAGGCAGACAACAAGCAAGAAGUGUCAAGUAUGAGCCCAGCCCAAGAGAAAAGUGGAAGCUCCAGCAGCAAGGAGCCCCUUGCCAAAUGUCUUCAGGCCAAGAAGGACUUGGAGACAGCAAUCGCUGGAGUAGUCAAGGUGGAACAGCAAGUUAAAGACAACUGGAGAGAGGUAAAAGCUCAAAUUCACAGCUGCAUAAGCCGCCAUCUGGAAUGCUUGCGCAGUCGUGAAGUUUGGUUGCUUGAACAGGUGGAUCUCAUUCAGCAGCUGAAGGAGGAGGCCUUGCAGCAGCAAGCACAGCAACUCUUUUGGUUGUUGGGACAAUUCAGUUGCCUCAUCCAUCAGCUAGAAAAACCUCACAGUAAUGACCUUGCAAAUCAAAUUUCAGUGUGUUUGGAGAGACUGGGCAAUUUAACUGUCCAGCCAGAAGAAACAUCUGUCCUGAACUUUGAAGCUGAUAUGCCAUUCCUUCGCCAGGCCAUCACAUCUUUUGGGUCAAUCACAACAAUGCAAACCUGUGACAAGGAAGACUAUGCCCCAUGGAUUUCUGUGCAGAACUGCCCUGCGACAGCCAAACUUGAACAGCAGAAACCUUCUUAUGGAACACCGGGAUGCCCACUCUCUGAAUGGGUUCUUGGAAGUAAACCUGACAAUUUCUGCUGUGGUCCGCAUGUUCCUAGCAUAAACUAUGAGGAUUGGCUUCUGAAAAUGCCUGCAUCAGAGACCAACCAGGAUUUAGAGUCUUCCAAAGUGUGUUACUUGGAGCAAGCCUGGGGAAAUCUGAAAAACCUGGAGAACUGGCUCCUGCAGAACCAACAAGAAGGAGUUCCUGAGAAAACUGAUUCCUGCCAACGUAAGAGUUCCACCUCCACAGUUAGUUCCUCUUUUUCCAUUGAAAAGAUAGAUGAAUUGGAGUUCCUGGAGCAAGAAGAGAUGGAUCUUUCCGUCUGGCUACUUACUCCUUCUGAAUCAGAAAACAAGAAUGCCUUGGGGGAGAAGUGGGAAUAUGUGUUUAAGCCUUUUAGGGAGGAAUACAGUAUUAAUGAUUGGCUCCCCAAAGCUGAUUCCUGCAGUAAUUGUUGUGGCAGUCAGGCCAGGGGCAUAGAAAUAGAAAAUCUUGGCAAUCUGAAAUGCCUCGGUGAACACCUAGAGGUGAAGAAGUCAUUCACCAGUGAUACCUGGCUUCUGCCACCCUCUUUCAAAGUAGAAAAUGUGUGCAGAGCUAAUGAGCCAUGUUCUAGCUUUUCAGAGUGUGUGUGUGAUGAAAACUGUGAGAAAGAAGCUCUUUGUAAGUGGCUCCUUCGGAAAGAAGGCAAGGAUAAAAAUGGGGUGCCAAUAGGACAGAUGCCUAGCCUGAUCACUGAGCCUGAUAAACCUAAACCGGCUCUGGAUGUCUGGCUCCAUCCUUCCCGACAGUUGGUGGAGGAAUCAGCCCCUUUUGCAACAGAAAAGGACACCCCUGAUGUUCUGAAGCCACUGAAAGAAUUGCUUGAUACCCCACUGUCGACCUGGCUAGCCAAACCAGUGGUCAAAGCAUCGAGCACAGAAGAGAAAAUGUGCAGAGAGAAAGCAGAAGUGGGUUGCAAGAGUUCUCUUAUGGAGCUUCUAGCACCAUUCCACCUCCCUCUUAACGUAAACAGCUGGGUGCUGUCUUCGAAGAAUGCAGAAGCCUCUGCUCAGCCUCCUGUAGAAGAUAAAUGGCUGCUUCGCAAGAAGGCACACGACUGUGGUCUUCCUACAGUGUGUGACCUCUUUGCAUGUAUGAAGCUGAAUGGUGAUAGAGAGAAGUGGCUAUACCGGACUCCUCUACAGAUGUGAAAAAACCCAACCUUUUUCAAGUCACCUUUCUGCUGAUCAUCGCACAUUUGUACUGACUGCAAUCUACUCAUUUAUAGUUUGUGGCUGACUCAUCUGCCUCUUCCGAACUUCACUUUAAGGCUUUAUGUAGCUGAAUUAUGGUUGCAAACAUUGGGCUGUGGAUUUGACUCGCACCUCAUGAAAGCAACUGUAUGCAUCUUCCGGGCUUCUGAUAUGAAGAUCUUGCCCUGGCUUGUCACUUGGAGCCACUUGCAAUUGUGGAAGUCAGUGCUUUGCAGUAUCUUCCUGGUUAUGUUUGGACUAUACAGUGUGCUUCCUGACCCAAACGGGUUGAGAAAAGUAUCUGAGAGAGGAUUCCACUUCCCUGGUGUGUAAGGAAGCAGUUUUUAGCAAAAGUACCCUCACUGGUUUUAAUAUAUUAAACACUUAGACCCAUCUUUAAAGUCAUCCAGCUCUUAUGCAACAAUAAAGUGUGUUAGAGCUGCGUACUAAGUAGUUAAAAUGAAUGGAUCCUACGCCAUACAGAUCAGAGGGCUGGCAGUAACUUCGGUGCCAUUUUGUUUGGGAUUAAAGCAGUCCAGGCAUUUUAAAGCACAUUGCUAUUUAAUGCAAAAUUAACUUGUUUCUGAACUUCUCAAUUUUACUUUCUUGAUCUGUUUAGAUUAAGUAGCUUUAGGUGUUCAGGAUAAAUAAAACAUUGUUUAAAUACAACCUUAAUACCACUUGCCUUGUCACGGGAUGGCAGCAUUUCUGAGCAGCUCUGAUCUUCUAGCAAAAAUCUCUCUUAAAAAGUGCUCUUGGGUUCUCAGAACAGUGCUUUGACUUCUCGAAACUACUGAAAACUACGCAAGCUUAGACCUUCAGUAGCAAAAGGGUGUUGUCACAUGUACAUCUGUUUUUAACCAGUGCACUCCAUUACUUACAGUAAUAGUUUGAUUUGAACCAUUUUAUUGAAAGGUGUUGCUUUUGAAUGUUUAACAAAGUCUCCAGGUUGUUAACCUGCAGUCAGUAAUGAAAAUGGAGGUGUAACCUACCCUACUCUAAAUCUCAAAUCCUAUUUUUUUCCUUUUCAUUAAUUUAAUAUUUGUUUGUGCUGAUUAAAUCUUUCCAUUAAACCAUUGCUGUGGAAAAAAAACCUGAAAUGUA